AUGACUUCCAAGCCUGUUCCAUUACCGCGUUUAAAAGCGCUUAACAAACCUUUCGUGUCUCGCAUGUCAACGAGCGAAGAAGUUCGAAGUCGUCGAAAGGAAUACACGAAAAAAUGCGACUUUAAAUUCUUCAUAGCGACAUGGAACGUUGGCAGUGUCGAUCCGCAAGAAGUUUCAUUGCGAGAAUGGUUGAAAACUGUCGAAGACACGCCCGAUUUUUACGUUAUCGGGUUGCAAGAAGUUGAUAUGGAUGCCGAGACGAUCCUUUGGGGCGAAACCAAAGUCAUCCAAUCGUGGGUUGAUCGAAUUUCGGAAGCAAUAAAUGACACGGGGGACUAUGAAGAGUUGCAAAGUGUGAGAUUUGUCGGGAUGCAGUUGACAGUAAUGAUAAAAAAGAUGCUGAAAGGAGCAAUUAGCGAAUGUAUGACAGCGAUGGUAGCAAGAGGAGCCUUGAAUGUGUACGGAAACAAAGGAGGAAUUGGAAUAAGUUUUUGUUUUAACGAAAAUUUGUUUUGUUUCGUGAAUUCACAUUUUGCUGCCCAUCAGCACGAAUACGAGAAACGAAAUGAGGAUUUUCAGGAAAUUACGAACAAAAUGGUGUUUCUCGAGGAAGGAUGUAAAACGCGACGGAUCUUAUCGCAUGAUCACAUUUUCUGGCUCGGCGAUCUCAAUUAUCGUGUCGAAGUGAAGGAAUUUCCCGACGAUAAAUAUCGUUACAAAGAUUUUACGUCGCAAGAUCAACUCGCAAUCGCCCGACGUGACGGCAAAGCCUUUGUAGACUAUCAGGAAGGUCAAAUCCGCUUCAAGCCAACGUACAAAUUCAAGGAUAAAGUUAACUACGAUAAAGCUCGUGUUCCCUCGUGGUGUGACAGGAUAUUAUGGAAGAGCGAUAAAGUGUUUCAGACACUUUACGAUUCAAUUCCUUCCGUUUGUUACAGCGAUCAUAAGCCGGUAUUUGCGUAUUUUUUAGUUUCAUUGGAUACGGCGGAUCAGGAGCUACUGAAAAAGGUUGUUGGCGAAGUUUUACGCUCGAAUGACAAACGAGAGAAUGAUUUGGUGCCUAUGCUGAAAGUUCAUCCAAAGGACAUCAAUUUUGGCGUUGUGAAAAUUAACGAUACAGUCGCUGCGACACUCGAAUUGGUCAAUACGGGAUUUAUUCCGGUUGUUUUUCAACUGAAAAAUAAAUCUAACGAAACAAAAGAUUCCUUACCCACGUGGUUGACAGUUUCGCAUCUCACGAACUGCAUUCCGCCGGGACAGAGAUUUCUUCUUACCUUCACCGCUAAAGUUGAUCAUUUGCUCGCCGAUAUUUUGAUGAAAAAGUACAAAAAUAAUUUCGCCAUUCGAAAAAUUCCCGUGGAUAUUGUAAUAAUGCAUGUCGUUCAAGGAAGCGAUAUUUUUCUGACGAUUUAUUUCGAACUUUUACCUUCGUGUUUCGGUGCAACGUUCGAACAAAUGUGCAAAACUCCAAAACCUUUGGGAAAAGUUCGAAUAAACGAGAUGCAAGACAUCGAAGAGGAACAAGUAACAUUACGUCGCAAUCUCAUAAUCAGCGGAAUAACGCCCGAAAUCCCAAAUAUCAACAGAAAAAUUCCCAUGGAAAUUUUUCGUUUGGUUGAUUUUUUGUAUCGUCAACAACGGGACACGAGAAAACUCUUUUUGGUCAAUAAAACGGAGAAAACUUCGGAAUUUGAUGACAUUGGAAUUAACAUUGUAAGGGAUUAUUUGGAUAAUUGGGGCGUUGGAUCGUUUCCGGGAAGUGUUAAAGCAGCAUUUGGAACGUUACUGAAGAUUUUGGAAAUGUCGCCGACGCCUUUGCUUCCGAUAAGUGAUCGGGAUAUUACAACUGUUAUUACCGCAAAUCGAUAUGAUUUGGCACAAGAACUGAUAAUGCAGAAAGUUUGUCCUUUGAAUCGACGAAUCUUUUUGUAUUUGUGUCUUUUUGUUCAAGAAAUGCGAAAUGGAUUGCCUAAUGAUAAAUCGACAGACUUGAAUAUUGCUCUAAUUUUCGCUCGCGUCAUGAUUCGCGAUGAAAAUCAAACGGGAGCUUUGGUUACAGCAAAUGCUCUCACGUAUAACCUGAGUUUCCUCGAGAGAAAACGGAAAUUUUUGUUGCAAUUCUUCACGACUCCGACACCCAUGUGUUGGGUCCAAAAAGAAUUGUUCAAACCGUGA